AUGGCCGACGCAAAACCCCCAGCCACCUCCUCCGUCCUCGAAGAGCUUUGCUCACCAUAUCUUCCAUUCGACCCCUCCUCUUCAGUCUGGUCCAACCUCCUCCCAACACCCCAAUCAGACAUCACCUCAUCCUCCCCCAUGUGUCCAAUCCUCUACAACCCUCCGUAUUCUUCUGCUAUGGACCUUUACCGAACCCUUACCACCUCAAACACCUCCCCCCUCACUUCUCCCCUCUCCUCACUAGAGUUAUCCCCCCGCGCACUAGCCCUAACCUCACACCUAAUCCAACUAAACCCUUCCCAUUUCUCAAUCUGGCAAUACCGCGCGAAUGUCCUCCUCUAUUCCUCUGAACUUGAAAAGGUAGAAGGAGGGAGGGAUGCGGUAUUGCAGGCCGAAUUGGGAUGGUUAGAAAGUUUAGCGCAUCAAAAUAUGAAGAGUUACCAAGUUUGGCAGCAUAGGAGAGUUGUUGUUUCCGCAUUGGCGAAGCCGGGCAGGGAACUAGGCUUUGUGGAGGAGAAUUUGGAUAGGGAUGCGAAAAAUUAUCACACCUGGGGUUAUAGGCAGUGGGUGCUUUCCCAUUUCGGAGGUCUCUCCCUACCCAGUUCGAAGCCUGGUGCCGCUCCGGCCUCGAGAGGUGCAGGAGAAUUCCCAGAGCUGUGGCAAGGAGAAGAAGAGUACGUGGACAAACUCCUCACAGAAGAUGUAAGGAAUAACUCGGCAUGGAAUCAUCGCUGGUUUGUCAAUUUCUCCCGCUUUGGUCUCACUGGUAACCCCUCCAGCACCAACCCAUCGCAUUCAGAGCAAGUCAUGGAGCAGUUAAGGAAGAAGAUCCAGUACGAAAUCGCAUACACAAAAGCCACUUUGUCAAACGUACCAAACAAUGCUUCGGGAUGGAACUAUCUCCGCGCACUCCACACUUCCUUACCUCCAGCGUUGAGGAGGGAGAUGAAGGAAGCAUUAGGUUGGGUAAAGACGUUGGUUAGUAGCCAGGUUGAAGCGGAGAAAGAUGCGAGUGUGGAUAUUAUGGGGAGAGGGUCGGUGGGCGCGCUUGAGUGGUGGUUGGAUUGCAUCGCUCAGCAGCAGCAGGGUGGUGUAGAGGAGGCAGAAAAGUUGGUCAAAAGAUUGAUUAUGGCCGAUCCAGUUCGGAAGCGCUUCUAUGCUUAUCGACUCAAAACCAUCCGCCGCUCACUCACAGCAUAA